AGUAGUCUUUGGUUUUCCCGUACCAUUGGUUGCUUUGGAUGCUUUGGUACUUCUACUGGAACCCGACAGUUGCCGCCUGAGAGGCCACUCCAACAUGAUGAUACACAUUCAUCUUGUAGUGAGGGUACUAGCAGUUCCAGAAGCGAAGAGGACGAAGAAGAAGUAGAGCAGAAGAGCCGCUCCAAACGAUCUGACGAAAUUUUGAAAUUUAGAUUAGAUCAUGGUUUGAUCUGCAGGCAGGUUCCUGUGAAAGUCACUAAGCAACUUAUCCGUGGAGAGGAUGAAGAUGGUAACAAGAUGAUCAAUGAGUAUGUUCGUGUGUGUAAAAUUGGAUCCGGUAGCUAUGGCAAAGUGGUUUUAUAUCGAAGCUCUGUUGAUGGCCUAUCUUAUGCUAUUAAGGCGUUUCACAAGUCGCAAUUAUUAAGGCUAAGGGUUGCACCUUCUGAGACUGCUAUGAGUGAUGUUCUUCGUGAGGUCAUGAUCAUGAAAAUUUUGGAGCAUCCUAACAUUGUUAAUCUCAUUGAGGUGAUAGACGACCCAGAAACUGAUCAUUUUUACAUGGUUCUCGAAUACAUUGAUGGAAAAUGGGUUUAUGACGGUUCUGGACCGCCUGGUGCUCUCGGGGAGAAAACCGCUAGAAAGUAUCUGCGGGAUAUAGUUACUGGCCUCAUGUACCUGCACGUUCAUAAUGUGAUUCAUGGGGACAUCAAACCUGACAAUCUGAUGGUUACUAGUAGCGGCACGGUGAAAAUAGGAGACUUCAGUGUCAGCCAAGUGUUCAAGGAUGAUGAUGAUCAACUGCGUCGAUCUCCCGGGACACCAGUUUUCACUGCUCCAGAGUGUUGUUUAGUAUCAGGUAUAACGUAUAGUGGCAGAGCUGCUGAUACAUGGGCAGUGGGGGUUACUUUGUAUUAUAUGAUAUUGGGACAAUACCCGUUCCUUGCUGAUACUCUUCAGGACACUUACGACAAGAUUGUUAACAACCCUUUGAUACUCCCGGAUGGAUUGGAUCCUCUUUUAAGAGAUUUGAUGGAAGGUCUCCUUUGCAAAAAUCCGAGCGAGAGAAUGACACUGAAGACGGUGUCGGAGCAUCCUUGGUUCCUUGGAGAAGACGGGCAUGUUCUUGAGUAUUUUUGUUGCUGCAAACGCAAGUCUGCCUUGAAGAUUGAACAAGAAGAAGAAGCUAAUGGGAUGGAUGCUCAAGUCUCAGAUAUCUAGCUAAAAAACUUUGGAAGCUUUUUGAUCGUUUAGAAAUGUAUAAGCUUGAAGAAUACAGGAAACGUUAACAUCAUGCUAUCGCAUCUCCUUAACCAUACAAGUUUGCGGUCAUUGUUUUUUUUUUCUUUAAUAUACUAGAUAGUUGUCAUAUUAUUAUCAUGUGUUGUUUUAUGAGUUUCAAAAUUAAUAUGACAAUGAAUUUUUAUUUUGA